AUGUCAAAAAAGAAGUUGGAUCGUUUGGAUGCUGGCUAAUGUUCUACUGAUCGUAGUCAUCAUAAAAAUAAUAACAGCACUGAUCUGAAUUUUGUAUAAUAUUGAUAUUCUAUUAUUGUAGACUCUUCAUUAGAGAUUGAAUAGCAAUGUUGAUGAGUAACUACAAUCAAAAAUUAUACUCUUUUCUAAAUUCAAAUAAAAAGAAAUCAAUAUUGUUAAUGAUUCUAUAUAAGGAAUGGCUAAAACAUUAUCUAAAGUCUCAUUCAAUGAAAUUCAGCAUAAUUAAUUAUAAAGAGAAUAUGAGAAAAUAAAAACAGAAUUAGCUUAAUUUAGAGCAUAAUAAAUUAAAUUAUAUUCCACUAUCACUCAAUUACAAAAGGAUAAUUAAAUACUUAUAGAAAAAUUAAAGUUUUAUGAUGAAGAAAAACUUAAUUUAUAAAGAAGAUUAUAAAUUGAAUAAAAGUAAAAUGAAGAAUUAAAUAAAAAACUUAAAAGAUCUGAACAAAGAAUUUAAAUUAUAUUAGAAUCUAAUAUAAUCUUCUAAAAAGAUUAAAUUAAAAUGACACUUUUAGAUACUCUACAUGAAAAUGAACAAUAUAAAAUGGAAGCUAUAUCAAAAUAAAAGGAUUUAUAAAAGUAUUAAUUUAUUAAUCUUAGACUCUAAAUUAAUAAUAAUAAUCUUAAUCAUAAAUUAAAUAGACUUACUAAUAGAAUUGUUUCAGUUUAGAGACAUUAAACAGAAUCUGAAUUUAUUGAUCAAGAUAAAAUGGUUAUAACUUUUACAGAUAUUCCAACCAAUUUUAUAUUUAGACACAUCUUUUAAAAUAUUGAAUGUAAAUAAUUUAUUUCUACAUCUCUUGAAUAAACACCUGAAUAAUUUGGUUCACAUUUUAAUCUUAUACCUUAGGAUUAAAAGAGAAUACAUUUAAUUUGGCUAUUUAAUCAUAUGGUUAAUUAUCGUGAAUUCAGUUAACAACAUAAUAAUUUUAUAAUUAAAUUAACUGAAUUAAUUAUCAUUAAGUAUUUUUAAAUUGUUAAAUUAACAUUAGAAAUUAUUCAGAUUUAUAUUCAUUUAUAUAAAACUUAAGUUAAUUCUUAAAAGUAUAAAGAAUAACACUUUGGCUUAGAGAUUAUUGGACUGGUUUUUUUGAAACAGUGUAAGAAGGUCAAUCAUAAAAAAUAAUUUGUUCAAAAGGAGCAUUCAAAGAUUGUUUAGAAUAAAAAGAAGCUGUAAAUAGUAAUUUAAUUAUAUUAUAUGAAUAGAACUCACUGCUUAAAGACAUCUAUUAUAUUAAGAUAGUAAAGGAGAUGAUUUUUAUUAGGAAAAUACUUAUCUAUAUCCUUUAAAUACAGAAACUGUGUUACCUGCUGGUCUUUUAGAAGUAUAUUAACCUACAUAAAAUAACUCUUAUUCAGAUGUCUAAUACUUUAUUUCUCUUUUAGGUACUUUUGUUAAAAUUGUUGUAUCUAAAAUUGAAAAUGAUAUUGUUAUCUAAGAUUUAUGCAAAUAAAAAGAUAUUCUUCUAACUUAGUUUUUAUGUUUAAUGAAAGCUGAUAAUAAAUUGCAAUUUACCAAUUUAGUAAAAUAAAUGCAAUCUAAAUUAUUACAAAUAUCUACCUGUGAAAUUAUAUUUAUUGAAAAUAAUUAGAUGUUUAAAUAUGGUCACCAAGGUUUAUAAUCAAUUAAUUGUAUUGCUGGAGUCUGUGGUCUUAUUGCUUAAGAGAAAAAACCUGCUUUCUUCUCUAACCUUACUAAAUAAGUACAUUUUAAUUAAUUAAUUGACAUGUAUACACUUGCUCCAGUAUAUAUUUAUCCUAUCUUAAAUAAUGAUCAAUGUUAGGCUGUUAUUGAAUUAACUUUGACUAAUAAAUAAAUUGAUCGUCAUCGCUUUAGAGAUCCAUUAACCAGUUUAAAUUAAUAAUCUAAUUAAGCUAGAAUUUUCUGUGAAUGUGUAUAAACAGCAUAUCUAUGCAAAUUUUAUUGA